GAGAGAGGCGCGGUGACUCACGCGGGGGGCCGGGAGGCGCCGCUGGUAGCGGCCGCGGGCUGGGGACGCCCUAAGGGGCGGUGGGGCCUCAGCGUGCCUCUGGCCUCGUUCCCGGCUCCGGACUGGGUGGAGAGUAACGGGGUAGUGCUUUGCAGACAAGCUUCCUGCUUUUCUGAGGCUCUGAAAUGACACUGAAGCUGAUAAAGCUUCAGGAAGAGACAGCGAAAAUAAGAGGGGGAGGAGGAAAUGCACUUGCUCUGUCAGUGCUGCCGUUAUAAGAAACAACAGAAAAGCGAUCGGCCCUGUUACUUCGUGGGAUGGAACAUGACAGUGAUGUGCGGCUGUGGAAGCACACAGAAGCGUGGAGGGAGCAGGUGGGAGCACCUUACAGAACACUGGUGCCAUCUGAUGAAGUAAGUAUUGAUUACAGGCAUGGUCUUCCUGUGAUAACUCUUACGCUGCCCACAAGAAGCGAACGCUGUCAGUUCACUAUUAAACCAAUGGUGACCACCGUAGAGGCAUUUCUGCAGGAUGUGCAGAGAGAAGAUAAAGGAGUUGAGAGAGCAGAAGUCUUUGCAACAGAUGGUUGCAAGGUCUGUGGUGCAACCUCAAUGGAGGUCUUACUGAGGAAUGACUUCACACUUGUUAUCAACAACAUAGCAUAUUGUGUGUCACCUCCUGUAAAAGAUAAGCUGAGUAGCGAGCAUGCUACUGAAAUGGAAGAUAUAAAAUACUUGGUUCACAGACUGUAUGUGGCUCUACAUUUAGAAGAUCACCAGGUCAGGAAAGAGAGAGAAUUGCUACGGAAACUGGACCAUCUGAAAGAAGAGCUGUUGCCUCUUGAACAGAUGAAAGCCAGAAUUGCAGUCAAUGCGAAUGCAAAGACCACCAGGCUUCUAUGGGUCGGCCUAGCUCUGAUGUCUACCCAAGGGGGAGCGUUGGCAUGGCUCACAUGGUGGGUCUAUUCAUGGGACAUCAUGGAGCCAGUCACAUACUUCAUCACUUACGGGAGUGCCAUGGCUUUCUAUGCCUACUUUAUUCUUACUAAACAGGACUACAUUUACUCCGAUGCAAGAGACAGGCAGUUCCUCCACUACUUCUAUCGGAAAUGCAAAAAACAGCAUUUUAAUGUGGAACGAUACAACCAGCUCAAAGAAAACAUAGCAGAGGCAGAAGAAUCGCUCAGGCGCCUGCGCCAGACUCUGCAACUGAGGCUCCCAGUCCAGGAAAUCAACGACAAGGACUGACUUUGGUUUUGUAUAUAUUAGAAUUGCUCUUUCAAAGCUGAUAGAAACACUUUGUUGCUCUAUAGCAACUGGAUAUUUUUGACCAUACAGUUUUGAAAGUUGCAAUAAAUAUGUAUAAAAAUU